GAUUCCCCGCGCUUUUAUUCCCUCCUCUCUCUCUCUUCUUCUUCUCCCCCACGUCGCGUCGCCAGUAGACUCCACUGGGGACGGUGUGGGUGGUGGUGGUAGUAGUAGUUCUCGCCCCCCUCAGGUCGCAAUCCGCUCCAAUUCCCCACCACCACCAUCACCACCGCCGCGAGGGAGAAAAAGCUCUUGCCUGCUCUUUUCUUGGCUCCGCUUUGUUCUUGCUCUCAUCUUGCUCGUGGCGUGGUAGUCUUCGACUCGUUCUUUUUGUUGUUGUUGUUGUUGUGGUGGUGGUGGUGGUGGUAGUGCGUGAGUGAGUGAGUGAGUGGUGGCGAUGUCGUCGCCGUCGUCGCCGCCGCCGGCUAACCAGACGGCGACACCGCCUCCGGCUAACCAGACGGCGGCGCCACCUCCGGCGAGCAACAACUCGUCGUCGCCGCCGGCGCCGGGCUCUUUGUCUCCGCCCUCGCUGACGCCUCCCGCAGCGCCAUCGCCUCCGUCGACCACGCCCUCCUCGCCGGCGGCGGCGGCGGCGGCGUCGAGCUCGGGGCUGACGACGCCCGUGGUGGUGGGGAUCGUGGUGGGCGGCCUCGUCGUGCUGCUGCUCGUCACCAUCCUGCUCGUCUGCCUGUUCAAGAAGAAGAAGCGGCACCACCACCACCACCCUCCGCCGCCGCCGCCGCCGCACCUCCUGCACUACUACGGCCACCCGCCGCCGCCGCCGCCGCCCCCGCCGCCGUUCAAAGGGGAUCACUAUGGUGGGGUGUACCAAAAUUGGCAGCAAAAUGGUCCUCCACCUCCACCUGAUCAUGUGCUGAAGAAGGUGCCUUCGCAUCCUUCCCCUCCACCACCUCCUGCUCCACUAAAUGUACACAGUGGUGGUUCUGGCUCAAAUUACUCCGGUGGCGACAACAGCCAACCUCUAGUGUCACCUGGUGCUGCAUUGGGUUUUUCAAGGUGUACUUUCACUUAUGAGGACUUGUCAGCGGCGACCGAUGGAUUCUCCGAUGCUAAUCUGCUCGGACAGGGCGGUUUUGGGUAUGUUCACAAAGGAGUUCUGCCGAAUGGGACAGAGGUUGCUGUGAAGCAAUUGAGAGAUGGGAGUGGGCAGGGAGAGCGUGAAUUUCAGGCGGAGGUUGAGAUUAUCAGCCGGGUACAUCACAAGCAUCUUGUAACAUUGGUUGGUUAUUGCAUUUCUGGAGGGAAGAGGUUGCUUGUCUAUGAGUAUGUUCCAAACAACACAUUGGAGCUCCACUUGCAUGGGAGAGGCCGACCAACCAUGGAAUGGCCUACAAGAUUACGCAUUGCUUUGGGUGCUGCGAAGGGAUUGGCAUAUCUUCAUGAAGAUUGCCAUCCUAAGAUCAUUCACCGUGACAUAAAGUCAGCAAAUAUUCUUCUUGACGCGAGAUUUGAGGCAAAGGUGGCAGAUUUCGGACUUGCAAAAUUGACUUCUGAUAAUAACACUCAUGUUUCAACCAGAGUAAUGGGCACAUUUGGGUACCUUGCACCAGAGUAUGCGUCUUCUGGCCAGCUAACUGAGAAAUCAGAUGUCUUUUCUUUCGGAGUAAUGCUUCUUGAGCUAAUAACUGGCCGCCGUCCUGUGAGAUCGAACCAAUCACAGAUGGAUGACAGCUUGGUUGAUUGGGCAAGGCCUUUAAUGAUGCGAGCAUCAGAUGAUGGCAAUUAUGAUGCUUUAGUGGAUCCACGGCUAGGACAGGAGUACAAUGGUAACGAGAUGGCGAGGAUGAUUGCUUGUGCAGCUGCUUGUGUACGCCAUUCUGCACGCCGACGCCCACGGAUGAGCCAGGUUGUUCGGGCCUUGGAAGGCGAUGUGUCAUUGGAUGAUCUGAACGAAGGUGUUCGUCCUGGCCAUAGCCGAUUCUUGGGAUCAUACAACAGCAACGAGUACGACACGGGCCAUUACAAUGAAGACCUGAAGAAAUUCAGGAAGAUGGCAUUUGGCAGUGGCAAUCUAGAGAGCAGCCAGCAAACGCAGCCCACCGAGUUCGUCCCGAAUCGAUCCGUAUCAAUGGGGGAUGCGCGUCAAAUACCGGAGACGGAGAUGGAGAUGGGGAGUUUGAAGAAAGAUGGCGACAGCAAUGGCACCAGAGACAGCCAAGCUUCAUGAGAUAACCUCAUCUUCCUUGUUUUUUUAGGACAUUGCAACUACCGUAGCUUGUAAAGUCCCAGCCUUAGCUGAAAAUUCUCAUAAGUUGCUGACAUUGUUUGCAACGAACCGAAAUUGUUUGGUUGAGAUAUAUAUAGUUCGAGAGUUCUCGGUAGCUGCAAUUCACUGCUUCUUUUCACUGAA